ACAAGUGCGUGGACAGGCCGGGGAUGUGUCUCCUGCUGGGGGCUGCGGGGGUCGGGAAGACCCUGCUGGUGAAGCGCCUGCAGAAGCUGAGCUCGAGAGAUGGCAAGGGCGACCUGGGAGAGGCCCCGCCGACGCGCCCCACGGUGGGUACCAACCUCACUGACAUCGUGGCCCACAGGAAGAUCACCAUCCGAGAGCUUGGGGGGUGCGUGAGCCCCAUUUGGCCCAGCUACUAUGGAAACUGCCAUUCGCUUCUGUUUGUGAUGGAUGCCUCCAACCCCACCCAGCUCUCUGCAUCCUGCAUGCAGCUCUUGGGUCUCCUUUCUGCACAAGAACUUGCAGAAGCCUCGGUCCUGAUACUCUUCAAUAAAAUUGACCUACCCUGUUACAUGACCGUGGAGGAAAUAAAGUCGUUAAUGAGGCUCCCAGACAUCAUCGCUUGUGCCAAGCAGAACAUCACCACAGUAGAAAUAAGCGCCAGGGAAGGCACUGGAUUGGCAACAGUAUUGCUCUGGCUCCAGGAUCAACACAGAUGCAGCAGCUGACUGCAAGAUGGAGAAGUAUGGCUGACCCACCCGCGCCUAGAAGACGGGGAAUGGCUUGGUAGCCUCUGAAGGUCUGUUUUGACAUGGCAGACCACCCUAUGUGUCCCCAAGUGAUAGGGAUCUCUGCAGUGAUGGUGGACAAGACCUAGGGGACAGGCUGCAGGUGGCUGAUGCUGUCUGCCAUCUAGAGGACCACUGCUGAAACUCACACAAGGACUGGGACCUGUCUGAGGACUUGACACUACACAGCUACACUGACCCCACAUCCUUUUUGUAGUACAAGCUCUGCCUAUCUGAGUUCCUGUUAUCCUGACCAUGUUCCCAGAAAAAUACAAAGUUAAGGAAGACAAUGAGUAAGAACUGUGUCUCAGAUGAGAAAGACCAGGUAGGCUGUUGUACAUACCUGUGGCUUGAGCUACUCAAGAGACCAUGUGGAAGGAUCAUUUUGAGCUAAGGAGUUCAGCUUCUCCCAAAACGGUGGGAGUGGCAGGGGCAGGUAUGGUGUAGCACUCCUUUAAUCCCAGCACUUGGGAGGCAGAGGCAGGAUGAUCUGUGAGUUGUGGUCUACACAACAGUGAGACAGUCUCAAAACACAAAAAUAUCAGGAUGGGGGAGGUGCCCUCAAUGGAAACGAGUUUUUUUACUGGUUCAUUUGCUCAGUAAACUUGAGUGCUCAAAGAGGUGGGGGGAUGAAUUCCCACAGGCAAGAGGAGGCUCAGGCAGCACACAGGAGGUGGGAACAUUCUGCUGGGACUUAGGGAACACCUGACAGUUUGACCAAUAUGAGCUCAAAUCUGCUGAGAAAAACCUGUAAGAUGUGGGUGCCUGAUUUCAACCAGGACAGUGCAGGCAACUGCAGAACCCAUAGAUAUUUUGCUCUUCACACCAAGAGCUACUUUCUGUGUGUAUGUCAGUGCCUCUCAGUUUGAUGCCCGUCCUACCUGUCAAUAUUUAAAGACUGCUUUCAUGGUCUGGAGUCCAAGAUGGCAGCAAAGACCAGACCUGAGCCUGGAGUGGGCGAGGAGCCAGAGUAAGAAGAGUGAGGAAACGAUACUGGAUGUUAUAGUUAAGCCUAAGGUCUGUGGGAGGAGGCUCAAGCACAGGCAGGUAAUGUGUAAUAAAGCAGAGUUGGGGCUGC